AUGCGCAGUGUUAAUCUUCAUCAGUGCGGCACAGGCAAGAGAGCUCACACAAGAUACAAAUACUUUGUUUGCAGAAAACGACUAACGAUAAAACAAGCGCUGAUUCAUCCGUUUGUUGAACUUUCUAACCACAGAGGUCUCGGCCAUCGAAUCAGCGUUGAUAGGCACAAGUCUUAUAUGGUCAGGUCAAGAUACGAGGUGAUGAGAGGUCUGAAAAAAGUGAAAAAUUGUGUCAUACUUCGACCACUGACGUCUUACCAAGACGAAGCUCCUCCGAUAUCAUUAGAAAUUGAUUUGGCAUCUAGUCUAGGCAUCGAGGAUGGAAAGAGCGAUGUUGCAAGUAGUGAUGCUGGCUCCAAAGUUUCUGAAUUUGGACCUAAAUUAUUACUGAAAUGUUGUAGCUUCCAACGAUCGUCAAGUUAUCGUUAUUACGUAGAUUCAAGAUUUCCGAUAGAUAAAUACAACUGCAAACUUGGUUGUACGUUUAUCUAA